UAGAGGAUCCAAUCAUGAUUUUAUAGUUAUUAUUAAGGAUAUUAAAUCAUAUAAAAAUAUUUACACUUUUUAUUCGUUUUCAACAAGAGUCAUAUUAGUAAAAGUCCAUUGUCUACUGGUUCUUAAACAUGGAUUAACGAGUAAAUAAAUGUAUACAUAAAUAUUAUGUUUAUAUAAAAAAUAUAAUUUUAUGCAUAUAUAAAAUGUACAAUGUAUUUAUGGUUACAUAAUGUUAGCAUAGGAUAAAAAAGAAAUCAUGAAUAUCUUAUGUUUAAAAUAAGGAAGUAAUCCUUAUUGUUUUUCUCACCUACUUAUGUUGUAAAAAAAUAUAGAACAUUUAACAAAAUUAGAUGACGGACAAACCACAUUAGAUGAUAGAGUGUAGCUUAGUUGUACUUCAUUCUUUGUUUACUAUUUCUAUAAGAUGUAUUAAAUAUUUUAAUUUCUUGUAUCUAUAAUCAUAUUGCUUCAAAAUAUCAUGCAAUAUUAACUGAAUUUUAAUCAUUUAUGCGCGCUUAUAAUUUUAUAUACGUAUCACAGUUUUCAUAAAUUUAGUAGCUGUCAUUGCAAUAGCCACUCCAAUUAUGGCAUGAUUAAUAUCAUUUUUAUCAGCUAUAACUGGUUUUAACUUACUUUUAUAAUUCAUUUUGCCUGCUUUCAAUCUUUCCAAGAUUAAAAUUAAUUAAUUGCCAUUGUACCUAUUUUAUGCGAUCAUAUUUAUGAGAAUAUUAUACCUAAUUGAAUAGAUUGCAAUAAUUUAAGUCAUUGUCAUUACACAUAUAGUACUAUAACAAAUAUAACAAAAAUUAUAAUUUUGUUCCUGUAUCUAAAUUAAGGAGUUGCUUCAUAAUUUCAUAUGUAGUAAAACUGACUGCCACCAUAGGUAUACCACGAAUAUAGUUUAUACUCAUUCCACGGUAUAGCCCUUUCAUAAUACCAUUUUCAUUAUAUGUUAGUUUCAUAGUUGAUAGCAUACUAGAGCUGUAGAAACAAAAGAUUAACAUAUGAAAUUAUUUAUAUUCACAUAUAAUUAUUUAUAUUAAUCAUCAGAAAAGUACUAAAUGCAAUAACAUACAAUAAUAAAUUUCUCUUAUUCUAUAUAUUAAUGUAAAAAUGUUUACCUAUAUUUGUGUGUAGCUGGAUUCAUCAUAGCUAACUGCAUGCGUCUUCUUGUCACAUCUAAAGGAUAAGAAAAACUCUGUGCUACUGCUCCUGCCAACCCUCCGCAAAUAACUUUUGCAGAAAUGGACCAGGCAGCUCACAUGAAUAGCAUAAGCAAAGCAUGCAAUGAAUUUAAGAAGCAAUACGAUUCCUGCUUUCAUGUGUGGUUUUCUGAGAAAUUCCUGGAAGGUGACAAAAAUGACUCUACGUGUGAUCAAUUACUGGAAAUCUAUCAGCAAUGUCUUAAGGAAGCUAUGAAGGAACAAAACAUUGAAUUGAAAGAAAUUGAAGAAAAUCAUUUAGGAACUGAAAAAGAAAAAAAGCAGCCAAGUUGACAAUAGGACAAUAGUAAAUCUAUAUAUUCAUUUUCAAAUAAAUUAACUCUUAAAACAAUGAAAUAAUGAUAGAUAGACAUAUUCUAUGAAACUGCAUAUAAUUUAUACUACUUAUAAUUACGCAAACUAGUAUAUUAAAUCUUUCACAAUUAAAACAUUGCACAUAGAAACAUUUUAUUAAGUAUAUACUAAAUAUUUUUAUGUUUCCUCUUUUUAUUCUACAAAAUGUAGAAUAAUAUUAAAUAAAAUGUCAUUACAUAAUAAUUAAUGUACUUAUGUAAAAUUGUAAUU